GCAUCGGAGGCUUCAGCAGCACCUGCGGCCUCAUCAUGUUGUGGACAAGAUGGGCCAUGGCCAGCAUCACCCUCCUGGCUGUCCAGAGAGCCCUGGCAGUCCUGGUGUCCCUGGUGAUCCUGUUAUCCCUGAUAGCCCUGCUAGGCCCCGGGGCCCAGCUCCCCAUCGGGGAGUCAGGACCACCGGCAGCCAUGGAUGGACACAAUGGAGAUCCAGGUGCUGGAUCUGACUCUCCCAGACCUUACAUGGCUUUUGACUUGUUUUGGGAACUGCCAGCUCAAGGCCCAAAUGUGAGCGAGACAUCUCCUGCAGGUCUGAAGAAUGAAACUGGAUUGGGAAACAUUUCCUGGCUGUUAAUGGAACAGUCUGAAUUAGUGACUUUACUGAAGGAAACACUUCCAGUGCUGGAGCCCGAGCCUCUGGAUAAGGAGGCACCUCAGGAAGGCCAUCAGGCAGUGGCAGUCCCUGGGGGAAACAGCGAGGCACUUCAGCCAACAGGUGUGGACAAGAGAUUCAGCAGCACUGAGGACACCAAGACAGACCCAAACACUGUGGAGGGCAUGGCAAACGCAGGCACAGUCAAUGCUAAAAUCACCUGGAGAUUUAUAAGAGCCUUCCUCGUGUCUGUGUUCUGCAGCCUGAUUGCUCUGCUGCUUCUCAAGGUGGCCCCUGUGUGGGCAAAGGACAUAAAAGAGCGCCUCACAGCUUUGAGAACCAAUUCUGAGCUCCUGAACAGUGAGACAGGAGACAAGGAAUUAGUGGUAGAAGUCUAAAUAAAGAUAAGC